GCUCAUCAGUGCCACGUGCCAGUGCCCAUCAGUGCCACGUGCCAGUGCCCAUCAGUGCCACAUCAAUGCCACCCAUCAGUGCCAGUCAGUGCCACCUAUCAAUGCCAAUCAGUGCCACCUAUUAGUGUUGCCAAUCAGUGCCACCUAUCAGUGCCAGUCAGUGUCACCUAUCAGUGCGCAUCAGUGCCAGUCAGUGCCGCAUAUCAGUGCCAGUCAGUGCUGCCUAUCAGUGCCAGUCAGUGCCGCCUAACAGUGCCAGUCAGUGCCGCCUAUUAGUGCCAGUCAGUGCCGCCUAUUAGUGCCAGUCAGUGCUGCCUAUCAGUGCCAUGUAUCAGUGUCAUGUAUCAGUGUCAUGUAUCAGUGCUGCCUUUCAGUGCCCAUCAGUGAUGCCUGUCA